CUCACAGAGUGUUGAGGCUCACAAAAUCUUGAUGACGGAUUCGAUGGACUACAGUGAGCAGCCAUUGAAGUUUUCUGAGAAGGAUCAGGAAUUUGCGAAGCCUAAGAAAGUAGAACCAAAGGUUGGAAGAGAAAAACGUAAACGAGAAACCGUACAACAACAAAGUGAUAGUCCUAAAGAGGUGAAGAAAGCUCGUUCCGAAUCGGUUGAACCGAAAAUUUCAGAAGAACAAGAGAUACCUAGUCAACUGGAAAUCCCCGAAACUCCUGCCAGCAUUCAACCAUCGCAAACGUCCAACUUCUCGGGAUUCCUCUCGGUGAAUCGCGAGCCAGUCGUUGACGAAGAACCCACAAUGCAGAAGCAGAAACAGAAGCGACCGCUGAAUCUGCUGCUCGAUGAUGGGGAGGGAGAUCUGUUCAACUUUGAAGAAGCUGCUCCCAAACGCUCCAAACGCCAGGCAACGAUCGCCGAGGCGUUCUCGAGUUCGCAGCAGCCAUCGCAAAGUGUCGGAAGAAAGACUCGACAUCAAGCGGCUGAAGAGGAAGAUCUUUUCUCUUUCGAUAGUGGAAGCUCCAAGCGAUCGAAGCAGAAGAAAAACAAUGAGCGAUCGGUGCCAAGUUCCAGUUCGGAAUCGAUAAGUAACGAAACGAAAGAUUCCACCGGAUCAGCGCCAUCCUAUAAGCAGUUCAUCAAGCCUAUUCAGAUCCCAAUGGAGGGUUGGCUAGCGUCGACAUUUUGUGAUCUCAAAAUCAAGAGUCAAAAGGAGGAUCUGGAUGAUGAUCAUCUCGGUAACGGGGACAGUUCGGCAAAGAUCAAGAAGGAGCCGCUCGAUGAGGACGAAGACCAGAAGACGCGCGUUUGGGUAGACGGAAUGGAGGCCAUGUUUCAAGUGCGAGUCAAGUGCAUGAAUUUGACUUCCAAUCGGCCGAACCACGGAGCGGGUGCUGAUGAUUCAACGAGCUUCUAUUCGACGGGAAAUGCCAGCUCAACUAGCAAUGGGAAGCACAACUUCAAAGCGUUUGUGAAGAAGCAGAACUACAAACCGCAAGCAGACGGUAGUUUCGAACGAAACCGGUCUGCGGUGCUGGACAGCACCCAGGGUGACCACUUUUAA